AUGCCAUUCUACGCUCCAGAGUGGGUGCCCAAACUCCCGUUCGAUGUACCCGACUCCAUCUCGAUAGACAGGUUCAUCCUGGAUGAGAACUUCGACCGUCAUCCUCUAGGAUACUCUAGACCACCUUUCACCUGUGGAUUGACAGGCAAAGAAUACAGCGCAUUGGAGGUUAAAGAACGAGUCGACUUUCUGGCCAGAGGAUUGAGUCGCGAGCUCGGUUUCCUUCCAAAUCAGGGAUCAGAGUGGGAGAAGGUUGUCGGUCUGUUCAGCAUCAACACGAUCGACACAUUGACCCUCGCAUGGGCGACACACCGCAUCGGCGGUAUUCAGACACCAGCAAACGCAGCCUAUACCGUCCAAGAAUUGGAACACCAGCUUCGUGACUCCGGUGCCAAAUGUCUAUUCACUUGUCUGCCUUUACUGGACCUGGCACUGCAAGCGGCGAAGACUGUCGGCAUUCCUGAUAGUCGCAUCUAUCUGCUCGACGUGCCCGAAUCGCUUGCCGGCAAGAAAAGAGACGGGUACAAGACUCUUGAUCAGUUGAUUGGUGAAGGCCAAAAGCUGGCAAGACUCGAGGAGUUGAAAUGGUCCAAAGGCGAGGGUGCAAGAAGGACAGCAUUCCUGUGCUAUAGCUCGGGAACGUCGGGACUCCCAAAAGGAGUCAUGAUCAGCCAUAAGAAUGUCAUAGCGAACGUUCUCCAGAUGCGAGCCUUCGAAGAUCCAUGGAGAAAGACGUUGAUCCAGCCAGGCAAUCAAUCCGACUACACCGAGAACGUCCUUGGACUGCUUCCUCUUAACCAUAUCUAUGCUCUGAUUGUUGUUGCACAUUUGGGUGCGUACCGCGGCGACGGAGUCAUCAUCCUGCCCAAAUUCGAGUUCAAGAGCUUCCUGGAAACCAUCCAAACAUACAAGAUCAGCAAUCUGUAUUUGGUCCCGCCAAUCAUCAUCACGAUUACCAAAUCGAGAGAUGUGGUAAAGCAGUACGAUCUUUCUUCUGUCAAUAGCAUCUUUACUGGUGCAGCGCCCUUGGGUGAGGAGACGGCAGAAGAUUUGCAGUCCAUGUUCCCUGGAUGGGCCAUCAGACAAGGGUAUGGAAUGACUGAGAGUGCGACGGUAGUAUGCUCUACCAUUCCGAGCGAUGUUUAUUUCGGAUCUUCUGGAAGUUUGUUGCCUGGAAUUGAGGCGCGUAUUGUCACUCCGGAAGGCGAAGAGGUGACCAAGUAUGAUACGCCUGGAGAACUCUGGGUCAAGGGCCCUGCUAUAACGCUGGGCUAUCUCAACAAUCAGAAGGCAACUGGGGAAACGUUCGUAGAUGGAUAUCUGAGGACUGGCGACGAGGCUGUUGUCAGGAAGCAUCCCAAGUCUGGUCAUGAGCACAUCUUCAUCGUCGACAGAUUGAAGGAGCUCAUCAAGGUCAAUGGAUUGCAAGUUGCGCCCGCCGAGCUCGAGGCACAUCUUCUCACGCAUCCCGCGGUUAAUGACUGCGUCGUUAUCGGUGUACCGUCGGAUCGUGAAGGAGAAGUCCCGAAGGCGUUCAUCGUCAAAUCACCCUCUGUUGGUCUUGAAGAGUCUGACAAGAUGGUUGCGCGAGAUAUCGCUCGCCAUGUGGAGCAACAUAAAGCGAAGCACAAGUGGCUGAAAGGUGGGAUAGAAUUUAUCGACAUUGUCCCCAAAUCGCCUUCAGGCAAAAUUCUGCGUCGUCUGCUAAGGGACAAGGAGAAGGAGAAGAGAAGAAGCCAGGGAGCGAAGCUGUAAGUUUGCUUGUACGAUGUCGUUUGCGGAUAGUUCGAAUAUGGCUUGUACGUACCGCUUGUACUCAAUGUUGAACCACGAAAGAGC